CGGCCCACCUGCCGGCCGGGCCUGGCUGCCGCUGACGAACCUCACUCCGCCCUCCGCCGCCCCUCCUCCUCUCUCGACAGCCCCAACUCGUCUUCCCCAGCUCCGGAUUCCGUCCCGUCGCCGCGCCGUUGGCGAGCGUAUUCGAUCCGACCUCGAGCUCAGGCUCAGUGCAGCUUCGCCCGAACUGCCCAGCCACUAGCACCAACCCGAGCCUAGGCCUGCUGGAUUUCGCGCCCUCCGCGGGCUCUCGCUGAUGACCACCGCGCCGUCCGUCUCCCUCUCCCUAUCCCGACCACACCCCGAGUGCGCCCCCCUGAUCCCCAGAUCCUCGGUGAGGACCGGAGCUGGGGUCGCCUUCCCCGCUCGGCCGUACGGGUCGUUGCUUCGCCUGAGGUCGCGUGUCAUGUCUGCCAGCGGCGUCGGCUCUCCGGUGGCGCCUGAAGACCCCGCAGCCUCAUGUAGGUUGGGAGAGGUCAAGAGGGUAACGAAGGAGACAAAUGUGCAUGUCAAGGUCAACCUUGACGGCACCGGCGUUGCCGACUGCAGCACAGGGAUACCGUUCUUGGAUCACAUGCUUGAUCAACUGGCUUCUCAUGGACUGUUUGACAUACAUGUGAAGGCGACGGGUGACACUCACAUUGAUGAUCAUCACUCGAAUGAAGAUAUUGCUUUAGCAAUUGGAACGGCGUUACUUCAAGCACUUGGAGAUCGAAAAGGAAUCAACCGAUUUGGGCAUUUUACGGCACCACUUGAUGAGGCAGCAGUUGAGGUUAUACUGGAUCUAUCUGGUCGACCUCAUUUGAGCUGCGGCUUAAGUAUUCCUACUGCACGGGUUGGCACAUAUGAUACACAGCUCGUUGAGCACUUCUUCCAGUCUCUUGUGAAUACAUCUGGGAUGACGCUUCACAUCCGUCAGCUCGCGGGGAACAACUCACACCAUAUUAUCGAGGCAUGUUUCAAAGCAUUUGCUAGGGCCCUUCGGCAAGCAACAGAAUACGACUUGCGCCGACGUGGCACUGUUCCCAGCUCCAAAGGUGUUCUGUCAAGGUCGUAGUGUUCUUGCAAGAUCAAAAACUGGAUGCGCCCCCGCCUGAUGCUGUGAUAGGAGGAAACAGAUGGACGGUCUCCUGCUACAUCUCUGUUGCUACUUGCGCUUGGAGUGCGAAAUGGCUUGCCGUUGCCGUCCUGUUGUUCUCAGGGUUUAUUUAUGUUGCUACCUGUUGUUCUCAGGGUUUAUUUAUGUUGCUACCACAGGCAUAAUGUAUGUACACUCGCUAAUUUAAUUUUGGCUGUUCUCGGGAUGAACUGCACGUCUGAUGAUGAAGUGCAAAGGGCUUAAAAUUCUGAAAAGAGAUUACCUCUACAAAUAUGGAUUCAGGAUUGGUGCGCGUGGCGUCAUGUCUGUAAUAAUGAGCUGACCAUUCAUCCAAGAGAAUAAAUUGAUGGAAAGGAAAA